GUCCCUCCUGAGCGGACUUUCCUGUUCUUGACCGCCAUACUUUCCUUACCUGCCAACUGAAGACGUGAACGUGACAGGACUCGUCCUGCUAGUUUGUGAACGGACUUUUUACACGUCGAACUAACACAAAUACUAGUAUGGAUUUGGAAGAAAUGGAGGCAGAGACCCUUGAUGGAGAACCUGUCUUAGUUGCCGUUCUCGACGCAGUCAAACAGUUUCUUGACAAGAUGAAAGUGGACCCUUCAGCUGCUUCCCUCCAUCUUGACAGAACCAAACUGUCUCAGCAACAGGUGGCACAUGAGAUGGUGACGGAGCAUCUGGCUGAACUCUGCAACAAACUCCAGAGUUUAAAAGACACACAAAGAGCAAUGAUGAGUCUUGGAGAUGACAUCUCUCUCCAGAUGGAAUGCCCCUCACCACCACAGGAACAGGCUGUAAAAGAAGAGUUCCCUGACUGUAGACUGGGGGAUUUACCUCAGCAGCCCCGCCCUGAAGUAGACCCCAACCUGGUGCAGAUCAAGGCAAGCAAAGCAGAGAUUGAGAGAAGAAUCCAGGCUUUCCUGCAGAGGAAACAGACAGAGAUUGAUGAGAACAACAGAAGAGAGUUUGGGGCCGUCAAACCCAGCCUGCCAGAAGGUGGAAGUGUUCCUGAGCCAGACUUCAGCUGUGCCCGGACAGAUGCUGUGUACCAGCCAAGGGUAGGCAGGAGUCACAUCAGAGUUUGCAGAGUAGUGAACCCAUAUGGACCCCAGACCAGACAGGUACCUGUGCCCAGGUCCACUACUCCAUCACAGACAGUCGUGAAGUUGGAGCCUGGAACAUCGUCAGCCGUGCCGUCCACAUCAUCAGCUGUGUCAGAGGGGAUAGAGGAACGGCUUCGAAACAUGGAGUCUCAUCUUAAGGUCAAGUCAGGAACAUUGGUAAACACAGAUAUCUACAGCCGGCUGAAGCAGCUGGAGAAUCGCAUCCUGCACCUGGAGGGACUGUCACCUGAGUACUUCCAGCUGGGGCCAGCUAUAAAGUUCCAAAAGCAGGAGCCAGGCAGCCAUAUCCAUCAGGAGAUGAGUAUAGAGGAGAUAGAGGAGCGGAUGAAGACCCUGCGAGAAUCCCUCCUGAGUAAAAAGGACACUUUGCUGUACCCAACAACCAACACAGAUGACUUCCAGUGAACUUUCAAAGUCACGUGCUGUCAAAUUGAAUUCUAACCUCAAAAUCAUCAUCUUUGCAUCACAAGCUUUAUUGUAUUUGCUGUCAUGUCAUGGUAUGGUAUAUUUGAAGAAAAAGGAUAGUUUAAGAAAAUACUUUCUACAAAUUCAUCUAUGACAGCAUCUCAACAGCCCCACCUGUCUUCCAAUGGCAAAACUGCACACACACUAUGAUGGUGUCACAUGGAUGGAUGCCAGGCAAUCAUCUUGACCCAUAUAAGAAAAUGAAUGUCAUUCUAGACUACAUAUAGUAUGAACAUUCAGUCAUUCUUCUCCAUCUCAACCUGCCAGUGUCUUAACUAUGUCCCUUUUCUGAAACACAAUUAUACUGUUGCACCAUUGAACAUUUAUGUACUGGUAGUUGUUUUAAUCUAUAAGAAACGUAUCAACCCAGUGGCAUAACUCUUGUCCCAUAGAGUUUGAAAUUAGCUGACAUUCAUUAGGCUGACAGAAGCUGUAAUAUAGUGCUAAUGCCUCAAUGGCAGUUAUACGUCCAGGUAAUAAAAGAUUUUAAACAGUAAGACAUUUCAGAUACAUCUAGAAUCCGCUAUCGUUUUGUCAGUGACUUAAGAGUGACAUGGAUCUGAUGGUUGGUGGUUUGUGCUGAGCAGUUCAACCGUAGAAGUCAAAGUCAUCGUCCUCUCCAGACUGGUCCUGCUUCCCUGUGCUGAUGGCCAGAUCAUCAACAUCAUCAUCCGACUCCCCCCAGAAACCUGCAGGGCAGAACACACUUCUAAUUAGACUGCUUAAACUGGUUUCUCCAUAUGUGUAUCAAAUAGGAAUGUACAAUUCUAAGUAAAUACUGUAAUUGGUGUUCCCCAGUCAGGUGAGUGCAGUCCCACAAUUGUUGGAAAAAUCCAUGCAAAAAGCAUGUGUUGAAAUGUGUGUGGUUCUACAUUUGUACUUAUUGGUAGUAUUCAGUUGCACAUCUAAAAUACACAAUACAGCAGCUGU